AUGUCGCUGCCCGAGCCCCUGCGGCGCCGGCUGGGCUCCUUCAGCCGCACCGUUUUCACCGACAGCCGCCGCGCCGGCCCGCAGUACCCCAGCGAGCGCGCAGAUAACGAAAUACUUUCCAGUUUACCACUACAGAUGUCCCUCUAUUUCAACGUUUACUUUUUCCCAUUUUGGUGGCUCAGCACAGUUGUUAUGCUCCAGCUGAAGUAUCCAGUCUUGUCAGAUUACUACAAAUUCAUCCUGGUCACAAUCAUGAUCCUGACUUCUCUAAUAGAGGUCAUUCGACUCUACCUGGGAUACAUGGGCAACCUGCAGGAGAAGGUCCCUGAGCUGGCUGGGUUUUGGCUCCUGACUCUCCUUCUGCAGUUACCUGUAAUUCUCUUCUUGCUAUUUAAUGAAGGUCUGAACAUUCAACCAUUGGAAAGAUCAGUUAAUAUCAUCUUUGCCCUCUUCCUCAUCUUCCAAGUUAUUGCAGCCUUUGUCACCCUGAAAAGAAUGGUAAACAAACUGGCAGCUCACUUCCACCUUAAUGAAUUUGACAGGCUAGAGGAAAACCCUGCGCGUCAUCAUUAUGGCUCAAGUAAAGAAGGGAAUAUACUUCCCAUGGCUAGUAUGGGUCCAUGCUGAGGAGCAUCAUACAACAAGUUUGGGCUGGGGAUCAAGCACUUAGGGCCUGAGACACUAACAGAGGCAGGCCUUAUGAUGCUACGACUCUGUUCCAUUUUGUUGGGUCAUUAUCUAUAUUUCUACUUCAGAGACAUUAAGAAAUAGACCAUAAGUGCCAACAUUAAACCUCAGAGUUGAGCUCCACUCUGCAAGAAAAAUCAAAGCCAGUGAUGUAAGUUGCUGAAUGGACCAAUUAAUUUGCACACUGUUACUGGGUAAAGUACCUACAGGGUAGGUUUGUGGGUUUUACAUCUUAAAAAGUCAUGUGCCAUUUCUAAAGAACAGAAAUCUAUUUUCCUAACUGUUUGCACACAGACGUAUUUUGUUUACAAUAAAUCCUUUUUGUAUGUUUGUAUUUA